CAAUUUCAAUUCAUUGACAGCAAAUAAGAUAAUACAAAGAAAAUUUAAGGGAUAUAGCCUGAAUAUUUUAACCUAGCAAUAAAAAUUUUCCGUGAGUUUAUUGUCCAAAUUAUGCUCAAAGGAUUGGCUAAGUCGCUGUAGACCAUCGGAAGCCAUGCUUCAAAAUGGUGCGUACAAGGAGCGUCCCUUAUGUCAGAUGGUCCGUGACCUCUCAGAUGCCCAGUUGACCAUGAUGGGACGGACUUACCAAGUAAAUCUGGGUCCCAUAACCCCGCAGAAUCGGAAGAUCGCAGAGCGCCGUCUUCAUGUAGCGAUGAUCGAAGAGAGGGCCAAGUUCCGAGCACAACAGCAGUUUGCCCAGGAGCAGCGGAACCCAAGUAACUUCCAGACAUACCUGCCGGCAAGGAACCCCUAUGGUGUAUUGAAUACACUACCUCAGAAUCGGCCUCAGGCUUACUGGCCACCUGUAGGUUCAUCCAAUGUGCGUGGUCCGCCGCCUCCUUCUUCGGCAUUCCAAUAUCGCUCGGAGCGUCCGGAUCCUGUUCGCGAACCAAGUCGGUAUAUCAGUUGGCGGCAGCAAUUCCAAAAGACAAAUAAUAAUGACAACCAUUUUCUGGGCUUGAAGAUGCCCUUCUCCCUGGAGACAGUAAUGGACAUCAGAUCGAGAAUAAGUGAUACUAUUAGCCGUUUUCGGGGCGGAGAAACUGAAGGUUCUAUAAAAGAAUCUGAUAGAUAUAAUGGUAAAGAUGCAUAUCAGAAAAGAUAUCAAGAGGAUAAUUCCACCGAAAGUUGUGAUGAAGAAGAGCCAGAAGAAUCACUUCAACAGGAUUUGGAUGAUCCUUUCUCCGAGGAACUAGAAAAGGACACGCUCUCCGAGCUUUCAGAGGAUGAGAAAAUUCAGAAGGCACCGCUGGAAUCCUAUGUUCAUCCCUAUCCCUAUGAUUUCCGGAAAAUGGAGAGGAUGCUCAACGGAACGGAUGCGGAAUCCCAGAAAGAAAUUCGCCCCUUUGAUAGUUUUACCAGCGUUCCCAGCGUUUACUAUGAGUUCACCCACCAAGUUCCCAUGGCUCGAACAACGCCUUCUGCGGAUCGAAAACGCCGCUUUCGCUGGUGGUGGCAACGGAGGGAGGAAGCGGGGGACGAGCGGAUUCCCGAGGGGGAGCGGACCACCGAACAGGACCUUCUGCAGGAGCGGGAACUAAAAACUAUUAACUACCUAAGCGAGGUGCCAACACGAGUGGAUGAUGGAGUGCUGGAACUGAUGGGCCGUGUGGAUCUGCGAGACGAUAGCGAUGAGGAGGCGUUGGAGCAACUCGAAGAAAUUAGACAAAGACCUCGAUCUUUUGCCCAAUUCUGCCGCCACAUUUUCCACCUGCUCUGGUGCGAUCCCCAUGGAAAACUCGAUGCCGAAAAGCUGCGAUGCAGCUUCUUUUGCUGCUGCAUGGCUUUCGGCGUUUACGUUGGCUUCAAGUUGAUGAAGUAGUGGCACAAACUUGGCCAAAAAGGUAGAGAAAAUGUUUGGUGUUUGUCUUCAAGAAAGUCCCUUCAAAUUUAAAUUUAAAGUAAUACUUCUCAGACUUUUACUAUUAUAUUUAUACAAUAAAGUGGAAGAAUCAAAUAUUAGCAAUACCAAAA